AUGUCUGCCACCACCACCUCCAAGCCCCUUGCCGGCCCUCCGGCGGUGGCCAUCCCAGAGUCCCUGUUCACCGUCGACGUCCGGGUCAUGGAUACCAACACCCUGCUUCACCUCAACCCCGAGCUGUUUUGGCGGCCCAAGAUGGACGGCUUCGACGGCCUGCACGCGCCCAUCUACUGCUUCCUCGUCUCUCACCCGACCACUGGCCGGCACGUCGUCUUCGACCUCGGCGUGCGGCCUGACUGGCGCAACUACGCGCCCCGCACCGUCAAGCUGAUCGAGUCCACCACCAUCGUCACGCCCGGCUCCGACGUCGCCGCCAUGCUGGACGACGCCUUCGACACCGUCGGCGUCCGCAGCACCGACGUCGACGCCGUCAUCUGGUCCCACAACCACUUUGACCACAUUGGCGACGUCACCCGCUUCCCAUCCACCACGGACCUCGUUAUCGGCCCCGGUGUCCGCGCCGCCACCUGGCCCGGCUGGCCUACGCGGCCCGAUGCCAUUGUGCUCGAUGCCGAUGCCGAGGGCCGCGUCGUGCGCGAGAUCGUCUUCGACAGCCACGACGGCCCCAAGGUCGGCCGCUUCGACGCCGUUGACUUCUUCGGUGACGGCUCCUUCUACCUCCUGGAUGCCCCGGGGCACGCCGUCGGCCACAUGUGCGCUCUAGCGCGUACGGACGCCGUCCGGGGCCCGGACGGACAGAUCGAGUCGUCGUUCGUCUUCAUGGGCGCCGACGCGUGCCACCACAUGGGGGUCCUCCGGCCUAGUCCGUGGCAGCCGCUGCCGCCCAGCGAGACUCUGCAGCAGCUCCUGCAUCACGGCCACGACUCGGGCUUCUGUCCCGGCCUCCUGGAGGCAUGGACGGCGCGUCCUCCCACAGCGCCCUUCUUCGAGGUCAACGCCCCCGGGCCCAUCUUCCCCGACGGGCCGUCUUCGUUGGCGAGCGUGGGCAAGAUCCAAGAGCUCGACGCGCUGGACAAUGUGCUUGUUAUCAUGGCGCAUGACUUGUCUCUGCAGGGCGUGCUUCCACUCUUUCCUGAAAAAGUGAACGGAUGGGCGCAAUCGGGCAUCAAGACGGAUACGCGCUGGCUGUUUUGCAAGGACUUCGUGCCGACCAAGUCAACCAGCAACGAGCCUCGAAUGUAG